CAGCGGCCAGACAGGAACGAGUCGACAUUUCUCGAGAACAAGCAGCACACACCAUCAAGAUUGUACCAUCGCUUGAACAAGGUCGUGUUGAUGCUCGCGCAAAAGCCAUAAGGCUGCCUCAAUUCCCUUUCCUUCCUCUCCCGCAUCCUCCGACACCCUUCACGCCAUCAUGGGCAAACUAAUGAGGCUGGAGCUUUUCAAUUUCAAGUCGUAUAAAGGCCACCAUGUUCUCCUCUUUGGCGAUGCAUACUUCACCUCAAUCAUUGGCCCAAACGGUUCAGGAAAGUCAAACUCUAUGGAUGCGAUAUCUUUCGUGCUCGGUAUAAAGUCCUCCCACUUGCGAUCGACCCACCUGAGAGAACUCGUUUACCGAGGCCGAGUCCUGCAAAAAUCUACGGCAAACGGCGAACAAGAGGCAAAUGGUAUCCAAGAGCAUGACGAUGAGGAUGCGAGCCAGGCAAAUGGCACUCAGGGUCGCAAUGACCCCAAAGCCGCAUGGGUAAUGGCUGUCUAUGAAGAUGAUGCUGGUAUCGAACAAAAGUGGAAACGUACAAUCACCAAUCAAGGAGUCUCCGAGUACCGGCUGAACGGCGAGGUGGUGACAGCGCAACAGUACAAUGAGGCAUUGGAAGAAGAGAACAUCCUGAUCAAGGCGCGCAACUUCUUAGUCUUCCAGGGUGACGUUGAAGCCAUAGCGAUUCAAAAACCUCAAGACCUGACAAAAUUAAUCGAGCAAGUGUCCGGCAGUCUUGAGUACAAAGCAGACUAUGAUAAACUCAAAGCCGAAUUAGAUGAAGCCGCGGAGCAACAGGCCUUCCAACUGAACCGUCGUCGUGGCAUCAACUCUGAGAUCAGGCAAUACCAAGAGCAGAAGAGAGAGGCAGACAAUUUUCAGAAAAAGGCUUCUGAGCGUGAUGAGGCAAUUGUGACUCACGUCCUGUGGAAACUAUAUCAUCUUCAACGGCAGAUUGAAGAGUCAAGUGCCGAAAUUCAGAAACACCAAAGCGAGCUGAAAGAUUUUCGACGAGGCAUUGAAAAAUAUGAGCGUAAGCUGGAGGCGGCAAAGAAAGAUCACGCCUACGCGGCUCGUAGUGUCGGCAAGGUAGAGAAGGCGAUCAAGUCCAAGGAAAAGGAAAUUGAGGACAAAAGCUCAUCUCUUGUGCCCAUUGAUGAGCAGAUCUCGGUAUCGAACAAUCAACUCACGAAAUACGCCAAUCGUGUCAACUCUAUCCAGAGAGAACGGAACGCGCAGGCAGAGACGGUCGCACAACUAGAGAAAGAUCUAGCCAGGGUCAAGAAGGCGCAAGCGCAGUGGCAGAAACAAUGGGAGCAGAAUGCAAGUCGCCUAGGUGGACAGCUGAGUGAUGCCGACCUUCAACAAUAUACGCGACUUCGAGAGGAGCUCAACAAGCGUGCGUCGGCCGAUCUCAGCAGAGUUGAGCGACUCAAAAGUGAAAGGGCUCCCAUAGAAGCAACGUACAACAACCUCAGGAACAGUGUGAACAGCACCGAGUACCGACUCCAGUCUCUCGACAACGAAUACAAAGCCUUCAGUGAGCGCAGAGACACUGUGAAAGAAGUGGUGGCAUCCACACAAUCUGAGAUAGAUGCAAAGAAGAAAGAACUUCACGCUGCGACUUCAAGACGACUACAGGCUGCACGUACUCGAACGGAGCUUGACGAAAAGUUGGCAGAAGUUGCUCGGAAGCUUCUCGAAGCUGACGACGGCCGCCGAACAAGCGAAAAGGAGUUGCGAAUGAAGGAGACGAUUGCCAUGCUCAAGCGCACAUAUCCUGGCGUCAAAGGCCGUGUACACGAGCUCUGUAAACCAAAGCAGAAGAAGUACCAAGAGGCUGUCAGCACUGUUCUCGGUCGACAUUUUGAUGCCGUUGUGGUUGACACUGAGGCCACCGCGAAACAAUGUAUCGAGUACCUCCGGGAUCAUCGAUCAGGACAAGCCACGUUUAUUCCAUUGGACACGAUUCAGGUCAAGGCGCUCAACUCUAACUUGAAAGGUAUGCAUCGCGGUAUGCGACCUGCUAUCGAGACAGUCGACUAUGAUCAGUCGGUCGCUCGUGCCAUUUCCUUCGCCUGCGGCAAUGCUAUCGUUUGUGAUGACCUGAACAUCGCCAAGGAGCUAUGCUACGCCCGCCACGUCGAUGCUAAAGCUGUCACCCUAGAUGGCAGUGUAAUUCACAAGGGAGGUCUCAUGACGGGCGGUCGAGGCAGAGAACAAAACACCCGCAGAUGGGACGAUGCCGAAGUUGAGAGACUCAACAAACUCAAGGAUAAACUAAUGGACGAAUUUUCAGCAUUGCCACAAGAACGAAGUCGUGUUGCGGAGGAACAGACCCUUCAGACUGAACUCAGUGGCCUGGAGGGCCGACUCCGCUUUGCUAAGGAAGAACUUGAUGCCCUGACUAAAAAUUUGCAGAGCAAGAAGAGAGAAGUCGAUCAUGUGAAGCAACAGCUCAACGACGAGCGCCCGAAGAUGCAGGCUGAACAACGAAAGCUCGAAAAGAUUGACGAGGAUAUCUCCGACUAUCAAGAGUCUGUCAAUAAUGUUGAGAAUGAAGUCUUUGCCGAUUUCUGCCAACGGCAUGGCUUCGACGACAUUCGAGACUAUGAAGCCCGCCAAGGCUCGCUACAACAAGAAGCUGCGCAGAAGAAGCUUGAAUUUGUAACCCAAAAGGGAAGACUCGAGGGUCAGCUCAGUUUUGAAAAGUCACGGCUUCAGGCUACGGACGAUCGCCUCGAGUCACUGAGAGAUAGAGAGCAGCGAGACAAAGAAAUCAUUGACGAGCUCAAUGAACAGCGCCAGGGCAUUCAGGACGACCUAGAGACCCUCAAGAAUGAAUUAGACGAGUUGAAUGCACAACUGGACCAGCAGAAAGAGCUCCUAUCAGACGUAGCAGAUACGCUGGCGGAGCAGAAACAAGAAGUUCAAAAACGAUCCAAGGAAAUGGAGAGCACAUUCAGAGCCAUCAGUGCACUUGAAGGUGACAUGCAGCGUCAUUCAUCCGCACGCUAUAGUCUGCUGCGUCGGUGCAAGAUCGAAAACAUCGCCAUUCCUCUCGAUAGCGGCUCAGCCAAUCUCGACAGCGUGCCAAUAAAUGAUCUGCCUCUAGAAGAUGCAGACGCUAUGGAUGUGGAUGAAGAUGACCCAACUUCGGCUGCUCUCAAAGCACACAACGUCAUGGACUACGGUGUUGUCCCAGAUUUUGAUGUUCUCGAUGAUGACCUGAAGGAGGAAGACAAUGAGGCAAUGGAAUCGAAAUUACUUGACGACAUUGCCAAGUUGAAUGCUGCGUUGGAUAAAAUGCAACCCAAUGCCCAUGCGGCACAACGUUUGGCUACUGUCGAAGCCCGUGCUCGUGACACGGAACAAGAAUACGAAGAAUCGCGCACCAACUAUCGGGAGACCAAGGCCCAAUUCGAGGACACCAUGCAAAAGCGCAAUGAAUUGUUCCACAAAGCAUUCUCGCAUAUCUCGGAACAGAUCGAACCCAUUUACUCCAACCUGACCAAGUCUGAUGAGUUCCCAGCUGGUGGUCGAGCAUAUCUCACAGCUGAUGAAGACGAACCAUAUCUUGCUGGAGUCAACUAUCAUACUAUGCCACCAACGAAGAGAUUCCGAGACAUGGAACAUUUGUCUGGUGGAGAAAAGACCAUGGCUGCUCUUGCACUUUUGUUUGCGAUUCACAGCUACCAACCGAGUCCCUUUUUUGUUCUGGAUGAAGUUGAUGCCGCACUGGACAAUGCCAACGUCGGCAAGCUGGUCAAUUACGUACGGAAUCAUGCUGGACCUGGAAUGCAAUUUAUUGUCAUCAGUCUAAAGACUGGUUUCUUCCAAGGCAGUGAAGCGCUCGUAGGUGUGUACAGAGACCAGGGUGCCAACAGCUCGAAAACCUUGACGCUUGACCUGCGCAAGUAUUCGUGAGUGCGACUUUAAGACGAAAGGACAUGCUCGGUAAUGUCCGACGAAAUGACAUGGUUGAAAUGGAGGAGAUACGAUGUGACAGGUAACCACGAGCUCGACGACUGCAAGUGAGAUUAAUGAUGAGCGUUCUCAUAUGAAUACAGUACACGAGUCUUGUAGUAACAUUGGAAAGAUUGUGUACUUGUGUACAAAAGAUUCGAUUCAGGCUACACUUUGUUUUACUUUUCUCAACAAUAGGACGCUGUCUUGCCUUUUGCCGCGAUGUUCCUUCUGAAACC